CGAAACGCUCAGGGAUUCAUCACGAAGAAGGGUUACCCCCAACACACACGUGUGACGCGAGUGAUCGAUGGCGGAGAACCCAUUGAGUUCAAGAAUGUGUUUAAAUCGUGGAAAGAUAGCGCCGAAACCAAAGGCUUAGGCAAUACAUAUAAUGUGGGGAAAAUUGCAAAAGUAAUUCCCCAGAAGUUUGAUCCGACGAUUCUGCACGAGAAUCACGUGUUGGCCGCCGAGACUCAGAUGGUGGACGACGGGAAGGCCCAGAAGCAGAUAUUUCGGGUCAAAGAGUUUGACUUAAUUGAAGUGCCGAAAGAAGAUUUUGGCAAAUUUUACUCCGGAGACUGUUAUCUCAUUAUCUAUUCCGGAGCGAAGACUACAAUCAUUUACUAUUGGUUGGGAUCUAAAUCAUCGGUCGACGAACGCGGAACCGCUGCCAUGAAAACUGUCGACUUUGACAAUAAUAUGUUUGCGGGUCAAGCGGUUCAGGUGCGUGUGGUUGAAGGGAAAGAGCCAGCUCAUUUUAUGGCCAUGUUUAGCGGCAAGAUGGUUAUUCUUAUGGGAGGGUUUGGCAGUGGAUUCAAUGGCAACGACAAUAAUAACUCGAAUGAACAGCACAUAAGCCUUUUGCAAGUGAGAGGAACCAAUCAAUACAAUACCAAAGCAGUUGAAGUACAUCCGAGCGCAUCGUCUCUUAACUCCAAUGAUGUGUUCGUUUUGUUAACUCAAGAAACAACUUAUCUUUGGGCCGGAAGGGGAAGUCUCGGCGAUGAACGAGAAAUGGCUAAAAGUAUUGCCGAACAUAAGGGAAAUGAAGGAAAUGAAGUGCUGUUAGUAUCUGAAGGACAAGAAAAGAGCGAAUUCUGGGACGCAAUCGGAGGCAAAGAAGAGUACUCUAACGACAAGAGACUACAACUCAGCGAUGAUCCACAUUCUGCUCGACUCUUCCAAUGCAGUAAUGCUUCGGGAAAUUUUUCUAUCGAAGAGAUCCCUAACUUUGAUCAGUCGGACCUCAUUCAAGACGAUGUCAUGAUUUUAGACGCCUGGGAAGCGCUGUUCGUUUGGAUCGGAAACUUAUCGAAUCGGGAGGAAAGAAAGCUGGCUCUGGAAGCGGCCCAACAGUAUCUCAAUACUGAUCCGAGUGAGAGAGACGUCGACACUCCCAUUAUUGUUAUCAAACAGGGCUACGAACCCAUCAAUUUUACCGGAUUUUUCGGUGUUUGGGACAUAACUCUCUGGAAU